AUGUCUCAAUGGCAUGCCGAUACCUGCCGAAACCCUAGGGUCAUUGUGGGAGAUGCAGGGGUUCCUUCUUGCGAACAUUGCGGUAGAUCAGCUCAGGAAAUAUUGAAUGCUUUUCGCGCCGACAAAGAAACUCUCCCACUACCACCGGUUCCGCCGGAUGAGCCCCCUGGACAGUUGAAUCUUUGGUGGCCUCCUUCUGUAACAUAUACAUCAGCUUCUGGCUCUGGCAACGAGAGAGAGACAGACUCUGAAAGUCUGGAAGCCGAAACCCUAACUGAAGAGACAUUGUCGAAACCAUUAGAAAACCAGGUUCCUUGCCAGACAAACCUCAUAUAUGAGAAGGCACUUGCAUCAGAUGAAAUUCGCUUGGCCCGACUUGACUCGACAAGAACUGCGUCACAUUUGCAACCUGUUCAUAUAUCGUUCGAGAUUUUCAACGACAAGCGUCAUCCCGACUAUGAAACUGUUUCGUAUACUUGGGGAGGUGAAGAAAACAACUACACACAAAGCCAUCCCAUUUAUGUAGGUGACUAUUGGGACAUAAUCUACACUACUCGGAACUGCUGGGCUAUGUUGCGAUAUCUUCGCCCGCACCGCGAUACUCGGUUAAUUUGGGUCGAUGUCGUAUGCAUCAACCAAAGCGACAUGCAGGAAAGAUCGAGGCAAGUUUCUAAAAUGGGACAGAUCUAUACUCGGUGCAACCAGGUAGUGCUCUGGCUCGGGGACGAUGUUGUGAGUGACGAUUACGAAUCACUACCUUCGCGACAUCCUCUCCAUGAGAUAGACUUGGCAUCUUCACAGUCUCGGGUGCCGAUGGCCUCUCAAGAGACAAGUUUUGAACAACGUUCUGCUUUUACUGUGCUAGAAAAGCUUUUUCUAAGAAGAUACUUCACCCGUGUUUGGGUUAUCCAAGAGCUAGUGCUGUCCCCACGCAUCCUUGUUCCCUUUGAGGACAAGGUGUUUUGGGCAGACCCCUUCACUUCUGCUAGGAUUGAAGGGGCUCUCAACAAAGCGAAAACGGAGAAGAAAUGGUCUUGGAACAAUACAGCAGCGCCCUGGCUCCGGUUGAUGGCCCAGGGACUGUCACACGGCCAAUCCUGGUCCAAUGUCAUGACGCUCACAUCAAAAUCGAGAUCCUCUGACUCUCGAGAUGGCCUUUAUGGCAUAUUGGGUCUUUUUCCAGAGGGGCCUGAUGGUAUGCGAUUGGUCCCCGACUAUUCUAUCUCGUAUCAACAUAUGAUGAUGGGUGCUAUGGCUCAUGAGCUUAUUAAUGGAGGCAAUACUGGUUUUCUCUUCGCUGCGAGAGGCAUUUCACCGCCCCGAAAGGGAAUAUCAACGUUGCCAUCCUGGCUACCACCUUGGGAUAAUUGGAACGAGGCAGAGAGAAAACUAUUGCGAUCACCACUUCCUGUUAGCCACCAGGGUAAGGCAAUCGAUGAAAAGAAGAUAGUAUUGCUAUCGGAAGAGCAAGCCGAGUUCAGUGGAGAGAAUUUUGGUUAUUUUCGCUUUGGCCCAGUUUCGCCAGGGUGCGACAGAAAACAUUGGAAUGAUCAUGCCACGAUCGACCGCAACACGGGGAGUCUCUCACUUUGCGCGAUCAAACUAGUCACCAUUAGAUCGGCGUUUCGGAAGGAUUCGGCGAAAUAUCUUCCGCAGCCUUCAUAUAAAGCCAAGCUGAAGGGCAUUGGAAGCGUCUAUGUGACAAGUGAACACGACCUUACGUCAGUGGCGAAGGAAGGUGACGAGAUUUUUAGUCUCUAUCCCGCCUUUACCAAAGGCAAUGAAGAACCAGAAUGUUCCGUGUAUUUGCUCCUCCGCAGGAUCUCACAACAACAGUUUAAGCUGGUCGCUGGGUUGUCAUAUUUGUAUUUCUCCUGUGGGAAUUUGGAAGUCUUCAGAGAACUACCUUUCCAAGGCGUCCGGGAAAGCCUAAGUCAAAGCAUUUCCGUUCUUAAGCAAGUAUGGAACCUGCCGUUACAUACCUUUGAUGAAGGUUUGAAAUCAGAAAGGUCCUUUGGUCGAAUCAUAGAAAAAGCUUUCCCUGGAAAUGAUGGUGUCCCUUUCCAUUUCAUCGUGCCCAUCAUAUUAGGAUAUGAGGGCUUCGGCAAGCUUCACCAGAAUCCAGUCGCCCGUAAGUUGCAACCAAGGGUGGUUAACGACUAUCUCGAACUUACCUUCGGUUCCGAUGACUGGACCACAUUCAAGAGCACAUAUUCAAGGAAGAAGCCACUUUACUACCCUCAUCGACCUAACACUGGUUGCCUGUACUGGGAACAGGAAACUUUGAAGAUCAAACCCCAAGACGAAGCUGCUAGCAGCGGCCAGCAGGAAGAGUUUAAAUCAGGUGUUAAAGUUCGACUGCUUUUGGAACAUGUCAAUAAACUCUUCCGUAUGAUUGACGACCAUUUGAGGAUCAGCGGGAUAUGGGAGUCGAUUAAUGUGACAAAUCCCAGGGGCUCGUGGGAAGAACUACUUCAAGCUGAUGCGCUUUUUGGAGAUGAUAUCGGCACUGUUGAAGUAAGAGGCGAGUAUGCUGAAAUGUUCGGUAUCUGCGGGUUAAGUGGUGUUGAAUCUCGAAUUGAGAUUCUGUAG